GUAUUUUGAUUUGACCCAGGCAAUGAAGCUUCUAUCGCUGCUAACACUUCUGCUACUAGCCUUUGGCUCGAACGAGGCAUGUCAAGUGCAGGACUCCUCCAGUGAAACGGCCAAGGACUGGUGGCAAACUGCCCAGUUCUAUCAGAUCUACCCGCGCUCCUUCAAAGACUCCGAUGGCGAUGGCAUUGGCGAUUUGAACGGCAUAACCAGCAAGCUGGAGUAUCUCAAGGACUUGGGCAUAACAGCUGCUUGGCUAUCGCCCAUCUUCAAGUCGCCCAUGGUCGACUUUGGCUAUGACAUAUCCGAUUUCUUUGACAUCCAGGCGGAGUACGGAACUCUCGAGGAUUUUCGCGCACUGAUUAAGCGAGCCAAGGAGCUGGACCUGAAGAUAGUGCUGGACUUUGUGCCCAACCAUUCGAGCAACGAGAGCGAAUGGUUCCAAAAGUCGGUAAGAAGGGAGAAGGGGUACGCGGACUACUACGUGUGGCACGACGGAAAGCUCGAUUCCACCACUGGGAAGAGGCAGCCGCCGACCAACUGGCUGCAGUACUUCCGCGGAAGUGCCUGGGAGUGGAAUGAGGAGCGUCAGCAGUACUACCUGCACCAGUUCGCAGUGCAGCAGCCCGAUCUGAACUAUCGCAAUCCGCUGGUCGUGGAGCAGAUGAAGCGAGUGCUGCGCUACUGGCUGAACGAGGGCGUCUCUGGCUUCCGGUGCGAUGCACUGCCUCCGCUUUUUGAGGUCCUGCCCGAUGGCGAUGGCCAGUUUCCGGAUGAGCUUGUGAGUGGGGCCACCGAGGACACAGAUGAUCGCAACUAUCUGACCACCACGUACAUCGAAAAUCAGCCAGAGACCAUCGAUAUGGUUUACCAGUGGCGUGCUGUGCUUGAUGACCACCAACGCAUUCAUGGGGGCAACUCCAGCGUCUUGCUCAUAGAGACGUACUCCCCCGCCUGGUUUACCAUGCAGUUCUACGGGAAUAGAAGCACCGAGGGAGCCCACUUACCCUUCAACUUCAACCUGAUCACGGUGAUGGAGCAAAAGGGCAUUUCUGCGGCCAGCGUGCAGGAGGCAAUCGACUUGUGGCUGAAGAACAUGCCCGCAGGUCGCACACCGAAUUGGGUGCUAGGAAACCACGACAAGCGAAGGGCAGCUAGUCGGUAUGGAACAGAGCACAUCGAUGGCAUGAACAUGCUGGUGAUGAUCCUGCCGGGAGUAAGUGUCACCUACCAGGGCGAGGAGAUCGGCAUGACCGAUGGAGAGAUCAGCUGGGAGGACACUGUCGAUCCGUGGGGUUGCAACUCGAACCCGGACAUCUACGAGCAGUACACCCGCGAUCCAGAGAGAACCCCUUUUCAGUGGACUGGAGGCUCUAAUGCCGGGUUCACGAAUGGAUCCUUCACCUGGUUGCCACUGGCUGCUGACUAUGAAACGAUAAAUGUUGAAAGGGAACUGAGCGAUGGCCUCUCACACUUGAAGAUAUACAAGGCUUUGGUGGCUCUACGUAAUUCAUCCAAAACUUUGCAAAAUGGGUCCACAAAGUACCAGGCACUUUCCGAGGACGUCUUCGUAGUUCAGCGAUCUUUGGCCAAUUCAGCCAUUGUGCUCGUCAUAAACUUUGGAUCGGUGGCCAAAAGCGUUGACUUAAGCAAGUUUGACAAAAACCGUACCGAGAGCAUGCUGCUGCUCAUCAGAAGCAUUGAUUCCACCAAAAAGGAGGGGACACAGUACGAUCCGAAAGCCUUGAGCCUAGAUCCCUCGGAAGCCUUAGUCUUAAGCAGCGAAUAAAACACGUUUUUAAAUGGAAA